CCUGACCUCGUCCAUCAACGACCUGAGUAGCGAGGCGGCGCUUCUGGAGACUGCGAUAAAGAACAAUGACACUUACCAGGUCAAGAGGUUGCUCGAGCUCCACCAUGAUAAAUUCCAGAUUGACCUCCACGGGAGCAUCUUGGAUAAAUCCUCUUGUGACACCGGAAGUCGUUGCGUUUCUCAAGAUGUCGAGAUUCUCCUCAGAAAGUCUCAGACGCUUAUCGAUAGGUAUGACAGGUAUGACCACCGCAGCGAAGCCAGCAGCGACAACACAGACAAUGCCGUUCCAGGGGUCUUCACCAACGCCCUUCAUCUGGCCGUUGAUUACGGAGCCGCCGACGUCGUCAGGUUGCUCCUGCGCUACGGCGUGGAGCCCAACAGGGGUGGGAUGGUCACUCUGGGGGCAGGCUGUGGAGGAUCGGGUGCUGGAGGGAUUCCGCAAAGCGCGAGGGCGCGCCCCUCGCCGAGGGCGUCGCCCACCAGCAUCCUGAGCGUCGACAGGAGGAGCCUCAACACGCCGCACAGCUCCUUCAUGAGUACGCCAUCCCCGAGAUGUUCCCCGAGGGCGUCCCCCAGAGCUUCCCCGAGGGCUUCUCCAAGAGCGUCCCCUAGGGGUUCGCCCAGGGCAUCUCCAAGAGGAUCACCUCGAUGUUCACCUCGUUCCGGUUCUCCGAGGUCCUUCUGCUCUCGUCCCUCGUCUCCCCUGGCAGGAUGCGACCGGGGCAGCCCGAGGGCGCCGUCGCCGAGGGCAGCGUCGCCCAUUCAUUUCGUGCCUCCCCCGCUCCCCUACAGUGACCCCGAGAUCAGAAUUCGGCCUCAGGGGUUCCGCCAGCUGGGGUUGGUCAUAGGCGACGGUACAUUCCGCGGAGUGGACGACGCCAAAGGGCGCGGCGGUGCCGUCGUUCGGUGUGGAGUGAGUGGUGCCCCUGAGCCGUCCAGGACAGGAAUGGGAGGUGGUUUUGUGAGUGGUGGAGGUGGUUUCGGUGGGUUGGGCGGGAGUGGCGGGGUAGGGGAGGACUACUCGAUCCCCCCUUACACGCCUUCGCCCUUCGCGACGGCCAAGAGAGACAAUAGGUUAGAUUUUAAUUUAGACGUUAGAACUGACACACGAUUAGAUAGUUGUAGUAAGAGGUCGAUGGUCUUUCCCAAAUCGCCCAGAAACGGGACCAACAGCAACAGCCACAACAACCACAGCAACAGCAGCAGCGCCAGCAGCAGCGCCGACGACCGGUCGAGGCUGGCCUCGAGUUCGAGCGAGGUCACGACCGCCACCACCAAGAGCCCCAGCCCCGGCGUCUUGGGCAGCGCCACGUCGAGCAGCACUCCGCAGGACAAGACCCGAGACAGCAAGAGGUCCCCGGGGGGCCUCGAGAACAGGAGCAUCAUCAAGGACGAGUCGAAGAGGGACAUCCUGCGGGAGCAGCGGGACAAGGAGGAGAAGAUCAAGGAGGCCAAGAAGGAGAUGUCGACCAGGAGGGUCUCUUGGGUGCCGGGCGUCACCGACAAUGCCCCGCCCACCAGAGAUAAGCCCGCCUACAAGAGGCGGCACUCCUCCGUCGUGAGGUCGAGCGAGGUCAACACUUUCCAGCGGCAGAGGUCGUUCUCGCUGGAUAGCCAACAGCAAGUGAGGCUUUCAAUGCCCGGGUCAUCGUCCUGGCUCGUGGUGCCCCGACCGGUCAUUUCGACGGAGAACAGCACGACCCGCCUUGCGGAACCCCGGGGCGAGAGAGACCGCUCGGAGCCACGCUACUUCACCUUCUCCGACGUCCACCCUUGCACCUGGGACGCCAACAUCGGAGGGGCGAGUCAGCCAGGGGCCGCCAGGGCACCCGGCACCAGGGGCGCCGACAAACACAUCUCCUCAGGGGCGGCCUCGGAUCCAUCCAACGCCAGGAUCCUGGUUCUCAACCCGGACGUCCCGAGAGAACGCCUGGUGACGUACACGAGCGCGGAAGGGGCCAGGCUGACGUUCGCGGACUUGUACACCAGGGAUUACCUGUACACUCUGCCGGUGCUCUUCCUGGCGGCUGCCAGGGGCAAUUCGGCCAUCACAUAUCUGCUCCUGAAGUACGGAGCUACUCCAUCUGUGACGGACGCCCUCGGCAAUACCCCGCUCCACGUCGCUGCCUGUCAGAUGAACGUUGCUUGGGAGAGCGUCUUGGACCUCUUGGAGUUCGGGGCGCCGAUUUCCAAACCCAAUAGCGUCGGCAACAGAGCGCUGGAUCUGCAACCCGCCUUAGUCAGAUUACAGGAGCAGUUAGUCCUGGACUGCUUCGCGACGUUCGAGCCCCCAGCCAGACCCGAGCCCGACCCCGUGACGUCAUCGAACAGGGACCUGGCUCAGCCUCCUGUCCGGCAGCCUUCCAACCUGCUGCGUCGCCUGCAGGGCGUCGCCAACAGGGACAAGGGCGCCAGCGCUGGGACCGCCGCCGCCGCCGCACCACCACCACCGUCGACGUCGAGCCUCCGAGGGAGGGCGACCGGAGGACGGACGGGGACGCUCCGGGGGGAGAAGGACGAGGAUGCCAGCACCUCCUCUGCAGAGGCUGCUACUCACUUACAGCCCUCCGGCAGCGUCAGGAGUCGGGGUGGGGGCGUGUCCGGGCAUGGGCAUGGGAAUGACUUCAGGAGCAAGGAGCUGACGUGGGAGAUGCUAAGCUACCUGGGGAGUCGAAGGCGGAUGAGGCAACAGCACGAGGAAGGAAUGGACUCGGAAAAUGCAGGCAAGACGACCGUGGCAGAUGCCGAGAGGAGCAUAGCUCUCCUGAAGCGCCUCUCGACGAGCCCCGAAUGCGUCGGCUUCAUCACCAAAAAUUUGGUGGCCGCCGCUUCCAACAUCAUAGACUUCUACCAGCGCUGCACUGAGAACUAUCUGCACACCUGCUUCAACUCCCUGCUUCAUAAUGUGCUCAAGGAUUUAAGAAUAUUACGAAUAUUAUAUCAUAGCUGAACAUCAUCUUCAUUCCACCGGAAGUGCAGUCGGAAGUCGAUGUGAACUUAAUGAGACGUCACCCACAGCGUUCUCGCAUACCAACGUUUUUCUUUGAUGGGUCUUUGUUAGUCUACUUUCUGUGAUAGGGAGCUGAUUUUGAUGUCCGUUUAAAGCUGAAUUCUUUUCUUUAUUUUUCAUUUUUUGGAUACGUUCAAAAAUGAAAACGAACGUUAAUUGUCAGUGAUGCGUUGAUACUCGUUGAUCAUGGAAAUGUGUAUAGUUUUAGUAAAGAAAAAAAAAGUCCACUCGAAGUGACAAAUACCUAAUUGUUUAUAAUGCUCUAUGCUAAUGUAAAGUAAACAUCCUUUGGAAUUAUGUUCCAAGUUUAAUGUUUUUUUUAUUCCAGUUGUUGCGUAAAAGCAAAUAAAGAAUAAAUUUCAGUAUUUUGCUGAGAAAUAUUCUGCUAAAAUGAAAGCAUAAUUUUUUUUUCUUUUUUAAAUAUA